AUGCUAGAUACCAACUCGCUUAUAACGAAUGGAAUGGAUACAAGAUCAUCUGCAUCAGUUACAACAUUAGAAUAUCCACAACAAGCAAUCCAUUCAUCAUCAAAUAAACAUCAAAAUGAUUUAGAAAAUCAUUCAUCAUCAUUAAAUAGAAAUAGUGAUGUUCCAGUAAGACAAUUUGAUACACACUCGAAAAAUCCUAGAGAUAAUGAUAAUUUAAACAUAGCACUAUCACAAUUUGAAAUAUCUGAACCAGAUAAUGAAAAUCUAAGAAGAAGAAGAAUAAAUAAUCAUGAUUCACAAUCACUAAACACUCGUGAUAACGAUUUAAUGUAUACAUCAGAAAAAAAUAGUAACCAAUUCCCAGAAGGUGGAAAAGAAGCAAAUUUAGUAUUAAUUGGAUCAUUUAUGGGAUUAAUUGCAGAUUUUGGUAUUCCAAAUACAUUAGGAGCAAUAGAAAGUUAUAUUGAAUCAAAUCAAUUAAAAAAUAUAAAUAAACAAGAUAUUGGUUGGGUAUUUGCAUUAUAUUUAGGUAUAAUGUAUUUAUUUAAUGUUAUAUUUGGACAAAUUUUUGAUAUGUAUGGUGCUAAGAUACCUUUGUGUGUUGGUACUUUUUUAAUUUGUAUUGGAUUAUUUUUAACUGCUGAAUGUGAAAAAUUAUAUCAAUUUAUUUUAAGUUUUUCUAUAAUUACAGCAUUGGGAUGUUCAAUUGCUAUGUCUCCUUUAAUUGGAGCUUUAAGUCAUUGGUAUUUACGUAAGAGAGCAAUGGCUUGUUCUAUUGCAACUAUUGGUGGAUUAGUUGGUGCAUCAAUUUUUUCAAUAAUGUUACAACAAUUAUAUGAUAAAAUUGGAUUUAAAAAUGCUAUUAGAGUUUUAAGUUGUAUUUGUUUUUUUUGUAUGAGUUGUUCUAUUAUUUUAGUUAAAGGAAGACAUCAAGAUGAUACUGAUACUGGAGGUGAUAGUAUUGAAAAUAGUAAUGAUACUAAUAAUGGUGAUAUUGAAAUAAUUGAAGAAGGCAAUCAAAUAGAACAAUCAAAUUCAUCAUUAACUUCAAAUCAUUCUUCAUUGACACGUCCAAAUCAUGCAUCAAAUUCACCAAAUCAUCAAUCACUAAAAUUCAAGUUAAAUCAAUUUUUAAAAGAAGCAUUAGAUUUUAGUAUUUUAAAAGAUAUAAAAUUUGUAUCAUUAACAAUUGCAGUAUUUUUAGCAGAAAUUGUAUCAAUGACAACUAUAACAUAUUUAGGUUCAUAUGCAUUAGCUUUUAAUUUAAAUAAUCAAACAGCUUAUUUAAUUUUAACAAUUGUUAAUAUUUGUGGUAUUCCAUCAAGAUUAUUAUCUGGUAUUAUUGCAGAUAAAUUUGGUAGAUUUAAUAUAAUGAUUAUAACAUCUAUAUUAACAACAAUUAUUAUAUUUGGAUUUUGGUUACCUGCUAAAUCUAAAAAUUUAUUAAUUAUAUUUAGUAUAUUUUUUGGUAUAUCAUCAUCAGCUGUUUUAAGUCUUAUACCAUCAUGUACAGGACAAAUUUGUUCAAGUGAAAAAUUUGGUAAAAUUUAUGGUACAUUAUAUUUCUGUUUGGGAUUUUUAACUAUUUUGGGAAUGUAUUUAGUUACUUUAGUUAUUGAUAAAGGUAAUCAAUUAAAUUAUAGAAAUUUUGUUUUAUUUGAAGGUUUUAUUAGUUUUUUUUCUGUUUUAGUUUGGAUUUGGGCAAGAUAUAGUUCUGUUGGUUGGAAAUGGUGUAAAUUUUAA